AUGUCGCGUCAAGAGGCGUCUGCAGAUUGGCUUCACUGGGAUCAUCAUUCCACUCCUGGAACUACUGAUUUACUACGUUCCCGAGAGACAUUCCAUGAUCAACAUCGCAUGGUUAUGAAUGGUGAAAAGGAUUCAAGUUCCUAUUUUGAAAUAGGAGAGAUGUUUCCUGAAUCAUCUAAUAACGUCAGUAAUCAGAAAACAGGUGAAGGUUCGCGUGAAAUAUGGCGCCAUAACAAUCAAGUAACCGUAGCGACAGCAGUACCGACAACAUCAACUGCCAUGAACGUUUUAUAUGACGGCAGGGGUUAUCCUCAUGAUUUAUCUACGACCGGCCACCGUUCACACCCUCCACCGCCACCGCCACCAGCACCACCAGUUACACAGGCGUCACAGCAAUCAAAUGAUUUUAAUAAUAAUGGAAGAGAUGUAGUAGUAGGAGUUGAUUCAAUGGAAGAACAUUCAAUGCAUGAUCUAUCAACAAAUUAUCAUGAUGGUUACAUCGCCAAUACUACAGCAGCCGUAAACAUUGAUCCAAUGGGAGACGAGUUAAACAGAAGCUCACAGGCUAAAGCAUGGACCACUAGAAGCAUAUUUCUAGUAAUCCAUGACCUCAGGUUCUUACCAGAAAAGGUCUCUUGGGAGUUAGAGAAAGAAAGGCUUCGAUUGCUUAUGUAUAUGAACUUACAUUAA